ACGUAUCCAGUGUUCCACGCUUCGAAACUCUUACCCUGCGUGACAAAUGAACUAUUUCCAAGUCGCAGAUCGGCAAUACCUCCUAGUAUGGAUGGGAAGUAUGACGUGGAUAAAAUCGUUGCUGAAAGUACCUUUCAGACUGGACGUAGAGGCAGACCACAGCGGCAGUAUAAGGUGAGGUUCGCUUACCAGGAUCCAAGUGAAGAUCGCCGGUUCACGCAAGAAGAACUAAUGGAUUCUGCACCUCAUAUUGUGUUUGCAUAUGAAAGAGCAAGAAGAGGAAUCAAUAUUAUUGACAGGUCGCUGAAGUGCAGUCCAAGCUUUGGCGCCCAGACUACGUCAGCAGGACACGUCAGCAGGACACGUCAGCAGGACACGUCAGCAGGCCACGUCAGCAGGCCACGUCAGCGGACAAAGCAGGAAUACCACGUCAGCAGGCCCCCGGCCUGGUACAUGCUGUUGCGGUCACAGACAGCCAUCAUGGACCAGAGGCCCGGUGAAGCAGACGAGGCCUAUCAGGCCCGGAUGCUGGCUUGGAGUACCGAGACAAAGAAACGGGCAGAUGACGCAGCUGCAGCAGCGAAGAAGAAGGCAGAGGAUGCCGAGCAGGCACGUCUGUUGGCACUUGAACAACAGCGCCAGCAUGACGAGGCAGCAGCAAGGGUUGCCGAUGAAGAAAGGAACCAACGUCAUGCGAAGAUAUUUAGUGGAGAGCGGACCUUGCUCACAAUGGCAGCGAAAUGGCGGACCGAGGCUGAGAAUGGCAAGUUGGAGGAUUGGGAAAACAAAAUUGCUCUCCUCCUCUUGCAUCUCACAAACCUCUUGGCUACAUGCAUUACGCAGCAGGAGGAUAUCCACAGCCUCGACGACUCGCUAGCUAAACUACAAAGCCGCCUGCAACAGUUGGAGCAGCGACCUGUCGCCGCACCCGAUGCAAGCUCUUCCAAUACCUCCGAUCGCCUCGAAGCAUUGGAGAUGCACGUCGGCUCCCUCCAGGACGGCACACAGUUACAGCAGACCGCGAUGCAACAAUUGCAGCAGCGGAUCUGUACCACCGCCAAUACCUCGAGUUCGGAGCCGCGCGAGACAGCUCCAAAGUUUGACGGGCAGGAGAUCUUCUGCGACUCGAUCAAGACAGAUCCGAUUCCAUGGUUCCGCAAGUUCGAGCUCACGCUGCAGCUCCACAACGUCAAAGAACACAAGCACCACGCAUACUUGUACUCUCGCUCAGGGGGCGCGUGCCAGGCUUGGUUGGACAACCUCUUGUCCAAGUACGAAGUGGUAGCUGCCGACUUGCACACCAAGAUCAGUUGGGAUGAUCUGAAGGCGGCGUGGCACAAGCGGUUCCAGGUUGAGCCGUCGGAGAUCAAAGCUAUGGACAAACUCAUGGUCUUCGAACAAGGCACGCUGCCGAGUACCGACUGGAUCGCUGAGUACCAACGCUUGACGUCAGUCCCAGACAUCCAGAUGGGCUUCAAAGCCAUCCGCCACUACUUUAUCUCAAGGUCAUGUCCGACAUUAAGCAAUGCCCUGACUCACGUCGAGGACACCUUGACGACGACGGCAGAACUUUUUGACAAGGCCGCGCAGAUCAUCAUUACGAACAAGGAGGCAAAGAAUCUGCGUUCGUCUGCGGCAGGCCCAAGCAGGGACCAGCAUCGGCCAAGAGUGGCCGUGGUACCAGCGGCAAUGCCGUUGGACCAAACCAGCAAGGCUGUAUCUGCCACACGGGACUUUGACAUCAUUCUGGGAAUGCCUUGGCUUGCAAGUGCGGAUCACACGGUCAGCUUCCACAGGCGGACUCUUAGCGUUCGCGACGCCUUCGGUGCGGAAGUGGCAUGUACUAUUCCUCUACCGCACCCUUCGAUUCGGUGCCAAGUGGUGACGGCGAAAUCAUUCAGGGUGACUUGCGCUUACGAGCAGCCCGAUGAGAUCGGCCUAUGUUUCCUACGGACCGUCGCGGUAGCCGACGCUUCACCCACAGACUUGUCUUCGGACCCCCGGGUGGUGCGGUUGCUGGACGAGUUCGCCGACAUCUUCGAGUCACCUACCGGUGUGGUGCCGGAUCGGCCGAUCUCUCACGAGAUCAUUCUUGAGGCCGGUGUCGUGCCGCCGAAAGGUUGCAUCUAUCGCAUGAGCGAGGAGGAGCUUGAGGUCCUCCGCGCACAACUCGACGAUUUGUUGGCCAAGGGCUGGAUCCGCCCUAGCAGCUCCCCAUAUGAAGCACCAGUUCUCUUCGUCCGGAAGAAGAACAAGGAUCUACGAUUGUGUAUCGACUACCGCAAGCUCAACGCGCAAACCGUCAAGAAUGCGGGGCCUCUUCCUCGCAUCGACGAUCUUCUUGAGCGACUGGGCGGCGCAAAGUAUUUUUCUAAGUUGGAUUUAAAAUCUGGAUAUCAUCAAAUCUCAAUCCGGCCGAACGAUUGCUACAAGUCCGCGUUCAAAACGUGGUACGGGCAUUUUGGGUGGGUGGUCAUGCCUUUAGGCCUCACCAACACCCCGGCGACCUUUCAAGCAGCAAUGACCAAUGAGUUUUGUGCAAUGUUGGACCAGUUCGUGCUGGUCUACUUAGACAAUAUUCUCGUCCAUAGCCGGUCAUUGGAGGAUCAUCUUGGACAUCUUCGACGAGUGUUUGAGACGCUCCGCCGCGCCAAGUACAACGCCAACCGCGACAAGUGCGAAUUUGUCCGGCAAGAGCUGGAAUACUUGGGCCAUUUUGUCACACCGGAGGGCAUCAGUCCGCUAUCGAACAAGAUUCAAGCCAUCCAAGAGUGGCCGGAGCCUCGAAAUGUCACGGAUGUCCGCUCGUUCCUUGGUCUCGCCGGCUACUAUCAGCGUUUCAUCAAAGGCUACUCGAAGAUCGCGGCCCAAUUGACCAAGCUUCAAUGCGAGGAUCGGUCGUUUGACUUCGGAGAGGAGGCGCGGGAAUCAUUUUUGGCUCUCAAAGCCGCGCUAUUGUCUGCGGAGGUCUUGCGGAUAUACGACCCGCUUUUGCCUACGCGCGUCACUACGGAUUCGUCAGGCUAUGGCAUUGGUGCAGUCCUCGAGCAACAUGAUGGUGUGGACUGGCACCCGAUCGAGUAUUUCUGCAAGAAAGUGCCCGUCGUGUAUUCCAUUGACGAUGCACGCAAGGAGCUCCUCGCCUUCGUCCACGCGCUCAAGCGGAGGCGGCACUUCCUCCUUGGUCGAAGCCAAUUUCGAUGGGUAACGGACAACAAUCCGUUGGUCUUCUAUAAGACCCAAGACACCGUCAACAGCACCAUCGCUCGAUGGAUGGCUUUCAUCGACCAGUUCGACUUCUUUCCCGAUCACAUUCCCGGGAAGUCGAACCGUUUUGCGGAUGCUCUUUCACGGCGUCCGGAUCAUUGUACCGCGGUCUACUCAACCUUCGAGAUCGACGAUGACCUGCGGAAAAGCUUCAUCCGCGGCUACCAAGCCGACCCCGAGUUUCGCGACAAGUAUGCGAAUUGCUCCUCCUAAUCCGGCGCCUUCUCACUACUGGAUCCAAGAGGGGUACUUGCUUGUCCACACGCGGGGGAAGGACCUUCUUUGCGUACCGAGU